AUGGUGGCGGCCGCGGCUGCGAUUCUCGAAGUUGAGAUCGGCUCCUCUUACAUUCCCAAAGACAACCCUUCAAAACCCUUAGGAGAAGAUGCCCACUUCGUAAUCUCCGACAAAAAGACCGCCGGCGUGGCGGACGGCGUCGGCGGCUGGGCUUUAAAGGGCAUCGACGCCGGCGAGUACGCCAGAGACCUCAUGAGAAACUGCGUCGCCUCCGUAGUCGGCGCCGAGGGCGUCGUGGAUCCAAAACGAGUACUGACGGAGGCUCAUUCCCGGACCACCGCCGUCGGAUCGUCGACGGCGUGUCUAAUCUCCUUCGACGGGUGGUAUUUACGGGCGGCGAAUCUCGGCGACAGUGGGUUCAUGAUUUUCAGAGAAGGGAAGUUGGUUUACCGGUCGCCGAUGCAGCGGCGUGGGUUUAACUGUCCGUACCAGAUGGGAAAGGGGGAGCAGUUCGAUGAGCCGAUAGCGGCGUGGAGUGGGAAGAUUCCGAUGGCGGCUGGAGAUAUAAUCGUCGUGGGAACGGACGGGUUAUGGGAUAACGUAUUUGGAAGAGAGAUUGUGGAGGUGUUGGCGGCGGAGGUGGCGGAGACGGCGGCGGAAUUGGCGAAAAUGAUGGCGGAGCUGGCGUGGUAUAAUUCAUUGGAUUUGGUUAAAGAUGGGCCGUUUGCGGUGGAGGCUCGGAAAGCUGGGCGGAGCCACCGUGGAGGGAAAAUUGAUGAUAUUACUGUGGUUGUUGCAAAAGUCACUGGGUCUUCUUCUUCACCUGGCUGA